AUGUGUGACGUGAAAAACGAGCAACGAAUCGUCAUCAAGUUUCUGGUGAAAUCUGGUGAAAAAACGGCCGAAAUUUUUCGUAAAUUGCAGCGUGUGUUCGGUAAUGACUGCUUAUCAAAACCACGUGUGUAUGAAUGGGCAUCACGUUUCGCAUCAGGUCGAGAAUCGACGCAAGAUGAUGCAAGGUCGGGUGCCCCUAAAAUUGUGCACACUAGGCAAAAUGUUGAACGUUUGAGAGUGUUGGUGCGAACUGAUCGACGCCUCACAGUCCGAAUGAUGUCCAGUGAACUCGGGAUCAAUAAAGAAACCAUUCGCCAGAUGUUACAUGGUGAUUUACUGAUGCGCAAGCUCUGUGCAAUGCUUGUUCCGAAAAUGCUGACGGUGGAGCAAAAAGAGUUGCGACGGUCGAUUUGUGAGGACUUUCUUGAACGAAUUCAGAGUGAAGGGCGUGACUGGAUGAGUUCAAUUAUUACGGCAGAUGAAAGCUGGGUAUAUCAAUAUGACCCUGAAACACGUAGGCAGAGCAAACAGUGGAUUGAAGAGGGGGGAGAGCGCCCAACGAAAGCCAGGAUGUCUCGAAGCCAAAUCAAAACCAUGCUGAUCUGUUUCUUCGAUGUUAGGGGUAUUGUGCACAAAGAAUUUGUUCCACAAGGUCAAACAGUGACAGGAGUAUUUUAUAUUGAAGUUCUUAAGCGAUUGUGUCAUAGAAUGUCUCGUGUAAGGCCGGAAUUAGCCAAAAAUGGUUGGAUCCUUCACCAUGACAAUGCGCCUGCACACACCUCAUUAAAAGUUCAACAGUUUUUGACCAGUAGGAACAUAAAAACGCUCCCCCACCCCCCGUACAGCCCCGAUCUGGCUCCACUGGACUUCUGGCUAUUUCCAAAGUUAAAGGAACCAAUGAAAGGACAUCGCUAUGAGGAUUUGGAGGACAUUCAACGUGCCGUAACAACGGUGUUGAAGAGUUUAACUUCUGGAGACUUCCAGGAGUGCUUCCAGAAAUGGGAAGAACGCUGGACCAAGUGUGUUAGACUCGGAGGAGAGUACUGUGAAGGCAUGGGCGCAUAA